AUGAUCAAUGGAACGGCCCACAAAAAGGCAGGAUAUAGCAAAGUUUUGGGCUGUUGUCGUCUCGCGAAGGAGAGAGGCUUGAAAUGGAUAUGGAUAGACACCCUAUGUAUCGAUAAGACGAGUUCCUCAGAACUCUCCGAGGCCAUCAACUCCAUGUACAGGUGGUACGAGGGGUCUACAAUAUGUUUCGUCUAUCUUUGGGAUGUUUACGACAAGCCUGACCACGCAAGUCUUUCCCGGUGGCCGGUGAGAACGUCCGAUGUCCGUCGAAGUCGGUGGUUUACCAGAGGGUGGACUCUGCAGGAGCUGAUUGCGCCGAGGUAUAUCGAGUUCUACACGUUCGACUGGGUGGAGCUAGGCACGAAGAGGAGCCUGGAGAAACAGAUAUCUGAACGGACAGGCAUCCCGCAGCGGGUUCUCCGCGGAGGAACCCCGCUAGUACACAAUGUUGCUGAGCGGAUGUCCUGGGCGUCCAAGCGGGUGGCAACAAGGGAUGAGGAUAUGGCAUAUUGUCUGAUGGGACUUUUUGGUGUGCAUAUGCCGCUACUUUAUGGGGAAGGCAGCAAGGCUUUUCUCAGACUGCAAGAACAGAUCUUGAAGCAAGAAGACGACUACACGAUCUUUAUGUGGUUCCAGUCACAAGAUUCUACAACAUAUCGCCAUUCUCCGCUCCGGGGGGCUUGGUGCUCAUCCCCGGCAGAUUUUCCAAGAUUGAGCGAACCCGAUAAAGUUUCCAGCAAAGAAAUAUCAGUUACACCGCCAUCGCCACAGAGUGCCAUUAUAGAAAGGCUAUCCCGGAAAUUUCCUGAGCACAUUUUUGAAGCGAUCUGUAGUUUAGACUACUCAACGGUCUACCAAGUCCCGACUCACGAGAUUGAGCGAUGCUUUGGGGUUUACGAGCCUCCAAUUCUUGCCAGCCGUGGGAUACAAAUAAGCCUCCCGCUGAUGGAAAUAGAGGACAUUGGUACAGGUGAUAGCACGUUGAUACGGUAUGAAGAGUGUUCUGGAUCUCUCUGGCUAGCUUGGACUUGCUGUAAGAUCGACGAUCACCUCCUGUGCUUGGUUCUGGACUCCUCCAGGGCUCAUUGUCGGCUGGAUUCUAGGGCUGUUCCCCACUGCCUGGUCAGUGUUGACGAGUCACUCGAGAAGGAUUUCACAAUGAGCCGAUUCGAACUACGUCCCAGUGGCUCAAUUCAAUUGAGACAAGACCUUGAAUUUGCUCGGAAUCCUCAGUUCACGUCUUUCAAUGUCGAGUCGAAGACAGACCACAUAAGCAUUGAUAUUAGCCACCCAAUACCUGCGGCGGGAUUUCACGUGUUCCCUAAGAACGAGGACUUCAUUCUGGUUCUAGGGUGCAGUUAUUCUCUGGGCCGAGAGAAGACAUACUUCCUAAUAUCUUGCGGGGUGAGCGAUGGGCAGCAUUGGUGUAAGUUUGAUGAAGAAUCCACCAGCCGUCUUACGACAAUUCAUCAGCGAUAUGAUGACCUUCACAGCCAAUCAAAGGCAUACUUUUUGCAAUUCUCGGACCGCGCAGCCGUAGCGUCAACUUCUAAAAUCUAUGGCUUGAUAUUGACCGCGGCGAUGAGGAGAGCAUCAGCCCACACGUACCAACUUGACAUUGGCUCAUGCAAGGUGGGAGAGGAGACGGCCUGGGUGAAGUUGUGCUUGUCUGGGGAUUUAGUACAUGCCUGA